AUGUCCAAGCCAGUUGUUCUGAGACUCGGAAACGUCAAAUAUGCCCAGGAAGCUUGGGAGAAAUUGGGCCAAAUCGCUCAAGUUAUCACCGUAGAUGAAUCAAGCACGAGAGCUGAUUUUUUGAAGCAGUGUCAAGACAGCUCAAGUGAUGUGUUUAGAACUCAGGUUAUCGCAAGAACUUUUGCCAGUGUUCAAAACACCGGCCGUUUCGACGAAGAAUUAGCCAAAGCCUUACCAAAGAGCGUGGCUGCCGUCUGUCACAACGGAGCAGGAUACGAUCAGAUCGACGUGGGACAAUUUGCGUCGAAGCACAUCCAAGUUUCCAACGUGCCAGAGUUAGUCAACAACGCAACGGCUGACACCCACGUCUACUUGCUCUUGGGAGCUCUCCGCAACUUUGAAUAUGGCCACAGACUCAUGCUAGAGAACAAAUGGCCCAAUGCUGGUGCAGCAGCCGGCGCACCAGUUGGUAACGACCCAGAGGGCAAAACCGUAGGAAUUUUGGGUCUUGGGGGAAUUGGGCGUGCCAUUGUCGAAAGACUGAAGCCGUUUGGCUUCAAGAAGUUCAUUUACCACAACAGAAAUAGACUUUCGUCAGAACUCGAAAACGGCUGCCAAUACGUAUCCUUCGAGGAGCUUCUAAGGGUUUCCGACGUUGUGUCGAUCAAUAUUCCCUUGAAUCCCAAGACUAGACAUAUCAUUGACAGCAAAGCCAUUGAUCAAAUGAAGGAUGGUGUGGUGAUUGUCAACACUGCUCGUGGUGCUGUUAUUGACGAGAAGUCCCUGAUCGCGGCUUUGAAAUCCGGGAAAGUGAGAUCUGCCGGUCUUGAUGUUUAUGAAAACGAACCCAAUGUCCCACAAGAACUGUUAGAUUUGCCCAACGUAUGUGGCGUGCCACACAUGGGUACUCACACCGUUGAGACAAUCAAAAAAAUGGAGGAAUUUGUGGUGGAAAACGUUGAAUCAGUGAUCAAGUCCGGCAAAGUUUUGACAAUUGUACCAGAAAUGAAAUCAGAUUCGUGGGUUAACGAACAAAAGCCUUUGAAAUAA